AUGCAUAUGGAGGUUCUCCAUCUAGACUCUACGCCGACCAUCCCCAUCUGCAAGUCCUACCAAAAGUUGACACGCAUCCACCUCUGGCCAGCCGGGACGGUGUUAUGGUGGUGGCCAUGCAUGUGGGGACUAACGAUGAGCGCAUACCGCCUCAAGACUCCCCUGCAGCAGAUAAUAAUCCAAGCGACCGUAUAUCUUCUGGCAUGCACAAUCCGACACAAUGCUGCUUGUAUCUGGAACGACAUCUGUGAUCGCAAUUACGACCGUCAAGUCGAGCGGACAAAGACGAGACCCAUCGCUGCCGCCAUUAUUUCCGUUCCCUCCGCUCUCCUCUUUCUUGGAGCGCACAUCGUGGCAUAUGUGGCGGUUAUCUAUCCUUUCUGCAAGCGUUUCACGAACUGGCCCCAGGCCGUCCUUGGCUUAGAUUCAGCUUGGGGUACUCCGAUUGCCUGGAUGACGAACGAUGCGACUAUGGAUUGGGCACUCAUGACGUGUAUAUGCCUCGGCAUUACUUGCUGGAUCAUACACCUCGACACUAUAUACGCUUGCCAAGACAAGAAGGAUGACGCGCGCAUCGGUAUCGGGUCCUGCGCCCUCCUCUUCGGAGACUACAUUCGCCCCAUACUCUCAAUAUUUGCCGCGUCAUUUGUUGUGCUCCUGACAUACGCCGGAACGCUGAACGGACAAGGACUGCCAUACUUCGUUCUUGGUGUUGGUGGCACAAGCAUACAUCUGGCCUGGCAGCUGAUGUCGCCUGAUUUGUCGAACGCUGACAUUGGGGCGCUCGUCUGGGCCGGGUUACUUGCGGACUAUGCCCGCAAGCUGGUGUGA